CUUUUUUUUUUUUCUCCUUUGUUAAUCAAAAGUCUUCUCUUGCUUCCUACGCGUCCUUACAAAAAGUAAAACUAUAUCUUGUCGCGACCUCCGCUUUAAGCUAUUUGACCCAUAAGAAAGGUAUUCAACGAUUUUAAAUCAUUACGCCCUUGGAACCCUAUAAUAUAUUAGUUACUGAAAGAGGUCGAACACGUACUCCCACAGCAACUCAACCAUCAACCUUCCGACUUACAACAAAUAUUAAUCAAAAAUAAAUCAAGAAGAUAUUAUUGCACACCCCUUCCCAAUACAUUUAAUUCUGUAGAGUAUCUUGAUCGGAGGCAAAAUAUCUACGGCCACGCAACCCUUCCUCCCCUUACCCCCCAAUCCAUCAAUCAUUUAAGAAACGACUUUUCGUACAUCAUGUCGUUAUCGAGGAUUCCCCUCCAGGAGUACUCAAACACGUACAACCUGCUUACAGAAACACCAACUACUAAGACUUUCCUUCAAAGUUCAGCUAUCACAACUCCUCCAGGAACAACUACAUCUUUCAGAAAGAAACGUUUGUCCAUAGAUACUCCCAUUUCAAAGAACGUUGAUAACACUUCAACUAAGAUGUCUGGAUCUAUCUUACUUUCUCCCGCCUUCCUGUCUCCUCAACAACAAAAGCAACCACAGCCACACAAUUUCCAUCCAUUCCAAAAUCAACACCCGCAGUCAUUACAACCAGGAUAUCAUCAACAUGGAGUUGCUCUUGAUGUUCCUCCUCCUAAACCUUCCUUUGACACUGAACCUACCAAUAACGUGCAAAGAAAGAAGAUAAAAAAGGCCCGAAAGGACGCAAAGGAUUCUCCCUUCAAUCUUGAUUCGACUGAUAAGCCUCCUUAUUCAUACGCUACCCUUAUUGGAAUGUCGAUCUUGAGUAAUCCAGAGAAAAAAUUAACUCUCUCACAAAUAUAUCUGUGGAUAUCUGAUACUUUUAAGUAUUAUAAGCGUGAAGAUGUAGGAUGGCAAAAUUCCAUUCGUCAUAAUUUAUCUCUUAAUAAAGCCUUUGUUAAGGGUGAAAAGUCAAAAGAUGGGAAGGGUCAUUUUUGGUGUAUUCAAGAAGGAUGCGAAGAUCAAUUUUUGAAGUCUCGUAGUAGUAAGAAACAUCUGUACCAAGAGAUUAUGGAUCAAAUUUAUAAUUCUGCUAAACCAGGAAUUGAGAAUGGUAUGACUGAGAGUACUUCUAGUGAUCUGACCCUGAACGUGACAUCUAAUCCAAAGGGUAGAAGUAAUAUUAAAUCAAUUAAUUCUAUCCCAUCUUCACCAAAUAUGUCCCUUGAAACAGAUUCUUUAACAGAAGAUGACACCAAACUGUCCAAGAAUAAGCGUGGUAGUUCUUUUAUUGAAGAAGCCGCUGAUUAUGAUAGUGAACAUGAGCAUGACGACUUCAAAUCUAUUUUGGACCCUCCAACCAAGAGAUCAAAGUUGAUGUCUGCUAGUACAGGUGACGGUACUCUUGACACCAUUCCAAACUUGGGUGCACCAUUUCUUCAAUGGGGAAGUUCGUCAGAUACUCCUCAAUUUGUUGUUUCAGAAUCGCCAUAUAAGCCAUUACUUGCUGGGAAGAAUUUAACUUACACUUCAUCUUUCAGUUGCAAUUCUAAUCUUGAGCUUUCUCCUAUUAGACCAAGUGAAACAGGUCCAUUGUUAGAACCUCUUACACCAGUGAACAACGUCUAUAAAAAUUCUACAAUCCCAGUCGAUGGAUAUGGAAUCCAUCAUUCGAUAAACCCACAGCUUCACUCUAAUUUACAUUACCAUUGUGGAUCGGGUAACUCUUCACAAUUACCAUCUAUUCUUCCCAACUCAGUCACUUCAGGCUCAUCUGGUAUACCAACUACAUCAAAUUCGACCUCCACUGGCUCUACAAAUAUACCAUCGAAUUCAUCCCACGCACAACAUAAUUCGCUGACUCUGCAAUCUUUACUCCACCCAACACAUAUACAUACACAACACCAUCAUGUGAAGACACCGAAAAGCAAUAUUAAGACACCAUUAAGAAUAUUAAAGACUCCACAAACAUCUUCAAUAUUAAAGAAGUUGUGGAAUUCUCCUUCAUAUUUGGAAGAGUUUUAUUAUUCUCCUUUAAUCACGUCUUCACAUGGAGUUUUAAAUUCAUACGAUGAUGAUGAUUUGAUGUUACGUGCAUUUGAAUCGCCAGCAGCUAAACGAUUAUAUCCGAUGAAUUCGACUAUAGGAACUUCUAGGAAAUUGUUUGGUGAAUUCAAAAAGGUAGAGUUGACCUCUACUAACGAAAACACUGAAAAGAGUACCAAACAGUCUACUAAUAAUGAAUCGAAGUAAACUGUUUGUUUUCUCAUUUUGUGGUUAAUACGUAUACAUUUGUUAUACAUUUGGGUUUUUAAUGGUUGGUAUUGUCCAGGGUUUCUUAUAUGCGAGUUUUAUUUUUAUUUUGCGAUACUACGGAGUUUCU